AUGGGGCUCCUCUCCGACCCGCACUGGCGCCGCGCCAUCUCCCGGCUGCUGCUGCGCCUCCAGGCGCCGCUCUGCGCGCUGAGCUUCGUGGCCGGCUUGGGCUGGUUCCUGGGCCUGGCCUUCCAGCCGCUGGCGCCGCGCGCCUCCAUGUCGGAGAACGCCAUGGGCUCCACCAUGGUGGAGGAGCGCUUCGCCCGCGGGGACCGCGCCCUGGCCCUCGCCCGCGAGUUCGCCGCCCAGCGCAAGAAGGCCGCCGGGGCGCUGCCGGUGGCCUGGCUGGAGAAGAGCCUGCGGGGCCUGGGCCUGGAGGUCUACGCGCAGAGCUUCUCCCGGACGCUGCCCUUCCCGGACGAGGCGCGCGAGAGAUACAUGGUGAAGGGGACCAACGUGUACGGGAUCCUGCGGGCCCCGCGCGCGGCCAGCACCGAGUCGCUGGUGCUGAGCGUGCCCUGCAGCGCCGGGCAGCAGCGGAACAGCCAGGCGGUGGGGCUGAUGCUGGCCCUGGCGGCGCAUUUCCGCGGCCAGAUCUACUGGGCCAAGGACAUCAUCUUCCUGGUCAACGAGCACGACCUGAUCGGCAUGGAGGCCUGGCUAGAGGCUUACCACGACGUCAACGUCACAGAAACGCAGUCCUCGGGGACGUUCGGCCGAGCAGGAGCCAUCCAGGCCGCCAUCUCUCUGGAGCUGAGCAGCGACGUCAUCACCAGCUUUGACGUGGCCGUGGAGGGGCUGAACGGGCAGCUGCCCAACCUGGAUCUGGUCAACCUCUUCUACUCCUUCUGCCAGAAGAACGGGCUGCUGUGCACCAUCCAGGGCAAGCUGCAGCGCUCCGACUGGGACUCCCUGCCGGCCUUCCUGCACUCCCUCCAAACGCUGCUGCUGAUGGUGCUCAAGCAGGGCUCUGGCCACCCGCAGGGGGACCACGGCCUCUUCCUCCGCUACCACAUUGAGGCCGUCACCAUCCGCGGCAUCAACAGCUUCCGCCAGUACAAGUUCGACAUGGGCGCGAUGGGCGUGACCUUUGAGGGGAUCUUCCGGAAGCUGAACAACCUGCUGGAGCGGCUGCACCAGUCCUACUUCUUCUACCUGCUGCCUUCGCUCUCCCGCUUCGUCUCCAUCGGGCUCUACAUGCCGGCCUUCGGCUUCCUCCUCCUCAUCCUGGUCCUCAGGGCCCUGGACUUGUGGAUGAAGCUGAGCAGCUUCGACGGCGAUGGGAGCCAGCUCUGCGAUGGGGACCAGGCUUCGAAUCCUGCUCCCGUGGAGGAUCCGAGGCCCAGCUUGCUGACCCUGCUCCCCCCGCUGCUCAUCUGCCACGCCACUGGCCUCGCGCUCUACUUCGUGCCCGUCUGGGGGCAGCAAGUGGCCACUGAACACUUCCCGGUCUCUGAGGCGGAGGCCGUGGUGCUCACCAGCAUUGGGAUCUACGUGGCCGGACUGGCCUUGCCCCACAACACGCACAGAGUCCUGAUGGGCUCCGGGAGCAAUCAGGGCUGGAUGAUGCUGAAGCUGUUUGCGCUGCUCUACCUGGCCAUGCAGCUGAGCUGUGUCGCGCUCAUCAAUUUCUCCUUGGGCUUCCUGCUGACAGUCACCAUGGCGCCCGUGGCGGCGAUUGUGCAGCCCACGGGGCCCAGGUACCUCUAUGCAGGGCUGCUGCUGCUGGUCUCCCCAGCCAUCACCCUCCUCCUCUGCAUCUUCCUGUACCAAGAGCUGAUGGAGUACCCCAUUUCGCCCCUGGAGGGCUGGCAGCAGUUCCUCCAGGUGAUCGCGGAGGGGCUGCUGGACCACUACCUCUACGGCUCCAUCGUCUUUCCCUUUGUGGCCAUCUUCGUCUACCCCUGCUGGCUGCUCUUCUGGAAUGUGCUCUUCUGGAAGUAGCUCCCCCAGCCCACCAGAGGCCAGCGAGGUUUUGAAGUGGACCGGGGAGGGGAGUCUGGACCCUCCUCCUGCACAGCAGCUGAUGGUGCCCAGAGAGCUUUCCAAGAGGGCAAGGAGGAGGA